UGCAGUAGGAUAUCAGUCUAGUUUGAUAAACAAAUAUGAUAUAAGUUUUCUCUCUAUUAAAAUUUUCCGUAAAAAGUUAAAUUCGUAAGUUAUUAAAAUGUGUGAUGAAGAUAGCGAAGAAGAUGAUUAUAUGUCUGACAAAAUUCUGCAGCAAUGCCCAAACACAAGGCCUGGGCUUGUACCAGACAGAAUAGCAUCCAAAUACGGGCAGCAGAAGAAACAGAACAAUGCUAAUCAAAGCAAUAAAUCUGCAUUUAAACCAGUCAGGGUUCUGGAAAAGGAGAAGCGAGAAGAUGGCCUGAGGAAAUCUCUAACCAGCAGUAACAAAGGCUUUGCUAUGUUGCAGAAGAUGGGCUACAAACCGGGAAUGGCAAUUGGCAAAACAGGCAGCGGCCGCAUGGAGCCAGUUCCUAUUGAGGUAAAGUUUGGUCGAGGUGGUUUGGGUAAAGAAGCAGACCUAAAGAGAAAGCAGACUAACAGAAUUAUGAUGGCCACUGUGAGACGGGACAAGAGACAGAAGUUUGAGGUUGAGCAGCAUGACCAGUUCAUACAGAGGCGGAGAGAGGUGCAGGUCGACCGCAGAACGGAAAAUGAUCUCUGCAAGAGCCAGAAAGUGUGUGAGCAGUUAGAUUCUCAGAAGGAUAUAGAACGACCAUUAGAGAAUUUUUUCUGGCCUAAGGAAUUGUUGCCAACAACAAAGAAACCAUGUACAACAGAACUGAAUGAAGAUACGUCUGAGCUCAGGUCAACUGCUUGGGAAAGUGAUGACGAUGACAAUGAUGAUGAUGAUGAUGUGAAUGAAGAGGCAGAUGAUGAGUCUUCUCACCUCAGUAGUUUGGAAAAACUACAGCUUUUAACCUCAUACCUAAGACGUUCUCACAAGUACUGUCUGUGGUGUGGCACUAAUUUCACAGACGAUGCAGACAUGGAAGCCAAUUGUCCAGGAGACACUGCUGAGGCUCAUGAUGAUUAAACUUUGACCACACACAGCUCCAUGCCGAGUGGUGUUGAAAAAUAACCUGGUGCAUAGCACCCUCACAAACAGCUCAACAGGUCAUGGCAACCUGUAAACACAGAGUACAAAGACCUAUGCUGACAUAUAUGUAAAAAAACAACCCCACCUGUUCUGUUUGUUUGCUGUACAGAGUGGAAUGGCCUCUGUCACAAGAAGACAUUACAGCAUAUAUUGGCGUAAUUGGAACAUGGCAUCCAAACCUGAGUGGCAUCCUGAGUGGCAUAAACCAUGUGACAUCCAGGCAUAUGGUAUACAGUGGCAUAAAUUAUAUGAUAUCUUGGCAUAAUGCACACAGUGGCAUAGACCAUGUAACAUCCAGGCAUUUGGCACACAAUGGCAUAAAUAAUAUGAUAUCCAGACAUAUUGCAGAGUGGCAUAGAUCAUGCAAUAUCCAGGCAUAUGGCACACGAUGGUAUAAACAAUAUGAUGUCCAGACAUAUUGCAGAGUGGCAUAGACCAUGUAAUAUCCAGGUAUAUGGCACACAGUGGCAUAGACCAUGUAACAUCCAGGCAUAUGGCACACAGUGGCAUAGACCAUGUAGCAUCCAGACACAUUGCACACAGUGGCAUAAACCAUGUGAUAUCUAGAUAUAUGAAUAAACCAUGCAAUAUCCAGACAUAUUGCACACAGUGGCAUAAACCAUGUGAUGUCCAGAUAUAGGAAUAAACCAUAUGAUAUCCAGACAACAGCAUAUGCAGUGGCAUAAACCAUGUGAAUAUCCAGAUCAUAUGUGUGAGAAUAGGGGUUGGGUCAGAGAGAGAGAGAGAGAGAGAGGUUUGGGCAGAGACAGAGAGAGACAGAGAGAGAGAGAGAGGGAGGGAGGGAGUUGUGAGUGACAUCCAAACUGUAUGGCAUAUAGAGUGGGCUUUAAUCUAGACAGCAAAAUAGUGCUUUUUCUCGCAGACAAUCGUCUAAAGUUAACUAGUUGUAGUGAAAAGUCAAAGUCGCUGUAAUAUUGGACGAAUCCAGGUCAAAACCCCCUUCGGUCAAAACCCCCUUAGUCAAAAAAACCUGCGAUAAAUAGUCAAAUGGUCAAAACCCCCUCUUAUUGUUUUUUUUUGUAUUUAUGGUGGUAAAAUUAGUAUAAUGUUGAUAUAGAUGGAUAAUUGUUUUAAUUUUUUAUAAAUAAUUCUCUGAAAUAUAUUUAGUUAUGUUGUUAUUUAGUGUAUGUUACACGACAUAGACUUCAAGGCUUUAAAUAAAGCUACUCAUUGACUUGAAUUAUAAUUUUUGUAAAAUGUUUGAUCUUGGAGCCAUGUUUGAUCUUAGAGAUUAAUGUAAUUGGGAAGCCUUGGAAAAAUCCUUAAAUAAUAAAAUAAUAUAAUGAAAGAACUUGAUAGUAAUUAGCAAUAUUUAUAAAUUGUUUGAUCUUAGCUACUGAAGGAAAAAAACUGUGACCUAUGCAAUUAUAUGAAAUUCUAUGCAAUUAAAUUAUAUCCUAUGCAAGCGUGAAUAAACUCCAAUACUUUAUAUUUUUGGUAUCAAUUAUUUGCAUAAUUUAUUGUUAUUUCUUAUAACAUAACAGUUAUAAGGAACUCGGGUUUAUUUUCUAAAUAGGGAGUUUUGACUGGAGGGGGUUUUGACUGGAGGGGGUUUAGACUGGAGGGGGUUUUGACCGGAGGGGGUUUUGACCGUUUACCAUAUUGGACAUAUUCAAUUUCAAUUUUUUUUUCACACAAACAGAUGUGAAGACACUGACAUGUUAAGUCAAUCACUCACUUAACACUGCAUCAGUCUGUGGUGUUGCUUUGACACCAACAAACUUUGUCUUUUAAGGUGCGCGAGUGCGAUUGCGCUCGUACAGCGCACAUAAUUUCAAUCUGGCGAGUGAAAAAUAACACACAUUACACUUAACAAACAGCGCACAUAAAACAGCUGAUAGAAAGACCUGUUUAAUAAUAGCAGAAAAAACAUUGACGUGAACGGUAGCCUCCAUGCAAGCUUUUAAUAUAUAACCGGUACUUAUCUUUACUAUACAAAUGGGGAAAAUCUUUACUAUACAAAUGGGGAAAACACUGGUUUAAUAAACAUCUUCGAUUCGAUCAGUCCAAUCAAAACUCUUGCCUAUUUAAUUUAUUAUUAAUUAGAAACAGGCCUGUAACUGUAUUUUUAAAAGUAUUUAUAUCCCAAAGAAACAUAAAUCCAUUGUUGGUAUUUUUUCCGUCACAAUUUUGGCGGUCAUCUUAAUUCAAGAUGGCGGCUAAGCUAAAUCCACAUGGGUCAAUAUCCGAACUUGUUUCUAAGUUAUAUAUUCCUCAGCCUAUCACUGUGUGGUAUUAAAUUAAAGGUAUGUUGCCAUCAAAACCAUAUAUAACAUAAUAGCAGCUAUAAAGAAGUUAUUAUAUUUAUAAAGCCUUUUUUCGUCAAAAACAAAUGAUGAAUUUUCUUGAUAAUUUGCAAAAUUUAAUAAUAAACGUGAUAUCCAGUUUCAGUACAACAUUAAGUCAAUUGUAUGGAUCCAAAUAUCUCUUCAUACCUCUCAUGCAGUAAGACAUACUGCCAGUGGUUAUACAAACUGGAUUGUCAUACACGUUACGUGCAUAAUGCCACCUCUACCCCUCAUUUUAGCCAACUUAUUAAAAAUGUGACAUCGCC